CCACAAGCCCCAAAAGAUAGGGCGAGAGUGAAAAAGUGAGCGUGUGUCAGAGACAGAGGGUCAGCCUGAGAUUAACAGAGAGAGAGAGAGAGAGAUAGAGAGAGAUAGAGAGAGAUAGAGAGAGAGAGAGAGAGAGAGAGAGAGAGAGAGAGAGAGAGAGAGAGAGAGAGAGAGAGAGAGAGAGAGAGAGAGAGAGAGAGACACACAGUUAGUUAAUAUUGGCAUGCCUGCAUACUCCACCAACAUGAGGCUUAAGUUUCCUAUCCUGGCUCUGACUCUGGAGAUUAUCACCAUCAUCCUGUUCGCUGUGUUUGUGGACUACGAUGAUGGGAAACACGGGGGGCACGGAGCCCACAACACCACACACCAUGAGAAGAAGACGGAACAGGAUCCUCUGACCCUUUAUCCCAUGUUCCAGGAUGUCCACGUUAUGAUCUUCAUUGGCUUUGGCUUCCUGAUGACCUUUCUGAAGAGAUAUGGCUUCAGCAGCGUGGGCCUCAACCUGCUCCUGGCCGCCUUCGCUCUGCAGUGGGGUCUAAUCAUGCAAGGCCUCUGGCACCUGGACGACGGCAAGAUCAAAGUCUCCAUCUUCAAGAUGAUCAACGCAGAUUUCAGCACAGCCACCGUUCUGAUCUCGUUCGGGGCAGUGCUGGGAAAAACCAGUCCUGUCCAGCUCCUCAUCAUGACCAUCCUGGAGAUCACCAUCUUCAGCAUCAACGAACAUCUGGUGGCCGAAAUCCUGGAGGCCAAUGAUGUUGGGGCCUCCAUGAUUAUCCAUGCCUUUGGGGCAUACUUCGGUCUCGCAGUGGCCCGCAUGCUAUACCGGCCAGCUCUGAGGAACAGCCAUGAGAACGAUGGCUCUGUUUACCACUCUGACCUCUUCGCCAUGAUCGGUACCGUGUUCCUCUGGAUGUUCUGGCCCAGUUUCAACUCUGCCAUCGCUGAAUCUGGCACUGAUCAGCUCAUGGCGGUGACCAACACCUACUUCUCCCUGGCUGCCUGCGUACUCUCUGCCUAUGCCGUCUCCAGCUUGGUGGAGCACAAAGGCAAACUAGACAUGGUCCACAUCCAGAAUGCCACUCUGGCAGGAGGUGUUGCCGUGGGAACCUGCGCUGACAUGGACAUCGGCCCUUUUGGUGCCAUGAUCAUCGGGUUCGUGGCUGGCAUCGUCUCCACCCUGGGCUUCAAGUUCCUCACUCCAAUCCUGACAUCCAACCUGGGCAUCCAGGACACCUGUGGUGUCCACAAUCUGCACGGCAUGCCUGGCAUCCUCGGGGGUAUCGCUGGAAUUGUGGCUGUCGCUCUGGGCAAGAAGAACGGGAGUGCUGCCAUGCAGGGUGCAGCCCUGGCCUCAUCCCUUGGGUUUGCUUUGGUUGGAGGAACUAUUACAGGUCUGAUAAUGAAGCUUCCAUUCUGGGGACAGCCUCCAGAUCAGAACUGCUUUGAUGAUUCCAUUUAUUGGGAGGUUCCUGGGGAGGAGGAGGAGGAGGAGGAGGGUGAGGAGAGCCUGGCUCACGGAGACCAAAAAGCAGAGGCGUAAAGCUCCCACUCUUUGCUGCACAUUCACGACCUACAACCCUCUGAGCUAGAAAUGGGAAAGUGAGGAAUCAUGAACCACACAUUAGACAUUGGGUGUACUCUAUCUCAAUAGUCUUAACUGGCUUCCUCUCCUUGUCACCUCUCCUUCAUCUAAUUGGCAGAUCCCUACCAGGACUUCAUGCGUCACCCGUCUAAUUUCUUGACCAUCAGUGCAGAGGACGUAAAGGAGAGAAUCUAUGUUGUACUAUUGAAUUCAACCCAGGAUGGCCAGUGCUGUGAAAUUGUCAGUUAUUUUCAACUACUGCAUAAAUAAUUGGAUUGAUAUGAGACAAAUUGAGAUCAUAUCGUGAUUCAUGCUACAUUAUUAAGACAUCUCUAAAUCAACUCGAUCAGCAGGGAAAUGUUAGCCUAUGUUGCACUUUUCUAGGUCCAAACUAGGUCCUCAUUGUCCAUAGAUUUGUACUAAAUAUUUUAAUCUUCAAUUGAAGUAGGUCCACUGAAGAGCAUUUGGGAAACACGUCAUAGCUCAUUAUAAUUUCAACUAAAGUGUAAGAGGUGGGUGUGUUACAUUUUUUUUUUACUAUUAUUAGGUCUCAAUGCAAUUGAGAUAAUAUUGUAAGGAUUUUCUUAUCUUAAACAAAUAAUGUUUACAGAAACUCAUUUCAAGCAACAUGCUUGCAGUGCUUUGGAUGUGUUAGUCUGAAAAUUGAUUUAAAUGAAGGAGCAUUUUGAUAUAAAUGAUCCUGAAUAAGUUGCAUUGAAACAUGAACUGUUCUUUCACACAAUCGGAGGAAAGAUACUUUCAGGGAUUCUUUUUUUACACUGAAUUUGAUGACCACCGUUCUGAGCCAUUAGAAACCGUAUAGAAAUAGUAGAAACAGUAUAUCAAGCUGGCAAUAUCACCAAUUGUCUCACAUGCUUUGUGACACUAUCAAAAUGUUAACAGACAUUUGUUUUGCCUCAACGUGUCUUUUUAUGUCGCCAUCCAACUGACAUAGCCGAUAUUGUGUGCUAGACCUUGUUUAAUUAAUAAAAUCAACUGCUACUUUAGCCUGCUUCAGAGCUAGGCCGCGUGACUGGAGCUCACUACUCCUACUGGAGAGAAUCUGAUACCAGACCAGGCUGCAAAGUUUAGGCAGUAGCUAAGGGCCAGUAUUUAUCAAGCGUCUCAGAGUGGGGGUGCUGAUCUUGGAUCAGUUUUACCUUUCUAGAUCAGCACUCCUGUGACGCCUGAUAAACACGGGCCCAGGUCUCACGGGGAACGGAGCUGGGCAAGAAUAGGUUCUGCAUUAAGCUACUCUCUUUGUGCAUCCAAAUACUCUAAGGUUCCCCUUUUUCUACCCCAGUAUCCUCACAGCUAAAAUGGAGUUGAGUGUCUUUCAUUUUCAUUUUUCAAACACAGAAAGUCAAUUGAAAUCUGACAUGUCCAAUUAAAAACCGGAUAGUCUACAUGGCA